ACGAUGUUUGGCUGAGGAUGCUUUUGCUAAAGAUAUUCAUAGAGAUAUCUUUGUUGAAGGUAUCUGUGAAGAUAUUUUCAAUGAAGAUAUAUUUGUUAGAAACAGUGAAUUUGAUGAAAAGUAA